UUCAGCGGCGGUGGCUGAAGCGAUUGGACUGCGAGCGUCUCCCGCAACACUUUCUGUGGAAUUUGAAUUAUUUUUUGGCACGGCACGGCUCGGGAUACACAGGUGACGGCUUCAACGGGGCAUCUUCCGGGUCGCAGCGGUGAUCACAGGAAGCUCAGCGAUGAAUAAGCUACGGCAGAGCUUCCGCCGGAAGAAAGACGUCUACGUGCCGGAGUCCAGUCGGCCGCACCAGUGGCAGACAGACGAGGAGGCGGUCCGCAGCGGCAAAUGUAGCUUUGCAGUCAAGUACCUGGGCCAUGUGGAGGUGGAGGAGUCCCGAGGCAUGCACAUCUGUGAGGACGCAGUGAAGCGGCUGAAGACGGACAGGAAAUUCUUCAAAGGAUUCUUUGCAAAAGCCGGGAAGAAGGCGGUGCGGGCGGUGUUGUGGGUGUCGGCAGAUGGUCUACGUGUCGUAGACGAUAAAACAAAGGACCUGAUCCUGGACCAGACAAUAGAGAAGGUGUCGUUCUGCGCUCCGGACCGAAACUUUGAGAGAGCGUUCUCUUACAUCUGCAGGGACGGAACGACUCGACGCUGGAUCUGCCACUGUUUCAUGGCCAUUAAAGACUCAGGAGAGCGUCUCAGUCACGCUGUGGGUUGCGCGUUCGCCGCCUGUCUGGAGCGGAAACAGAAACGAGAGAAGGAGUGCGGCGUCACGGCAACCUUUGACGCCAACAGAACCACGUUCACCCGCGAGGGCUCGUUUCGCGUCACAACGGCCACAGAGGCGGCGGAGCGGGAGGAAGUCAUGCGGCAGCUGCAGGACGCCAAAAAAGCAGAAUCCGAUGUGACUGUUGCCGGGAACUCAGCCACCAGUGUGACAAACUCCUCAGCACACCCUUCAGGAGGCUCGCCGUCCCCCUCGUCCUCCCCCCCUCUCUCUGUGGGGACGCUGGGACCCCAGGCCAUACCGCGCAGGCAUGCACCGGCCGAUGUGAUCGCCAGGCAGGGCUCCUUCAGAGGCUUCCCGGUGCUCAGUCAGAAGACGUCUCCUUUCAAACGACAGCUGUCACUACGCAUGAACGAGCUGCCCUCCACCAUGCAGCGCAAGUCUGACUUCCCCAGCAAGAACACAGUCCCCGAGGUCGAAGGAGAAAGUGACAGCAUCAGCUCGCUGUGCACUCAGAUCACCUCAGCGUUCAGCGGACCCCCGGAGGACCCCUUCUCCUCGGCACCGAUGCCCAAACCGACCUCAUCCCCACAGUCUCCUGUGGCACCAGUGAACGGCGCCGCUCCGGCCUUCUCUGUCGCUGCUGCGUCUGCUGCUGUAACUCCUAACCCCCCCGCUCUGCCCCCCGCUCUGCCUGCUCGGGACACUAACCCCUGGGCUAAGACCCCAGGAGGGGCCCCGGCCUCAGCACAGCCAGGAAGUAACUGGACAUCCCCCAACCCGGUGAUCGUGGUCCCCCCGUCAUCCUCUCCAGUCUUAUCGUCUCACAGACGCACGCCCUCAGAAGCAGACCGGUGGUUAGAAGAGGUCACCAAGUCUGUCCGAGCCCCGCCGACCAACCCGAUCCUGGCGGCGGCCCCUCCCCCCGCUCAGCCGUUUUCAGCUCCCGUUGUGCCGAUGCCCGUGGCUUCUGUUCCCUCCGUUCCCCCGGUGGCCUUUAUGUCCUCUCUGCCCUCCGCCGUGCCCAUGUUGCCCCCUCGCCAGCCCGCCUUCCACGCUCAGGCUCCGGCCUACCCGAUGCCGAACGGGCUGCCGUUCCCUCAGCCCAGCGUGCCGGUGGUCGGCAUCACGCCCUCACAGAUGGUGGCUAACGUGUUCGGCUCAGCCACGCAGCCCGGGCCCUACCCGCUCCCGACCUCCACAACAACCCAGCAUGAUAUCCAGGCUGUGGGCAGCGUCAGCCCCUUUAUCAAACCCCCGCCGCCCGCCAUAGUGCACCCUGCUCCUCUCCAGCCCUCCAACGGCAGCGCCACCUUUAACGGAUCAGACAACUGGGCUGCUCCAUCCCAACUCGCUCCAUCUUCCCCCGCCACCCAGCCGCCUCCGGGGCCGCAGGAUGAUAACUUUGAGGCCCAGUGGGCAGCCUUGGAGGGCCGCUCCCGCCAGCGCACCACGCCCUCCCCGACAAACCCCUUCUCCACCGAGCUGCACAAGACCUUUGAGAUCCAGCUCUGAAGACCGACCAGAGAUUAGAAAAGGCCCGGACUAUAAGGAGGCCGUUUAAUCAAAGGGCAGACGUGUGAUCGACUCGAGAAGAGCGGGCAACAACUUUCUGUCUCUCUUCAACUCAGUUUCAGCGGUCAAGCUCAGCAGGGCAACAAAAAGAACGGGGAGACCGAGGAGAGCCUGGGGGGGCGGAUCAGCAGGGAGCAGAACUCUGCACAGCACUGAGGGGAGGAAAAGAAAACAGGCUGCUGUAAACGAGAGCGCAGCUCCCCGGACGAUUCAUUAGCUUUGUCUGUCUCGUUUUGUUCAUGCUGUGGAGCGCUCGUCUUUACCCCGUGGAAUAUCUGUGUCGAGCCACACCCACCCCCCUGUCAGCCCCCCGAUAACCUACCCAGGUGUGGUUGCUCCUGUCUCCCGCCCGCUUUUGCUCAAUCCAGCCGCCCCCCCCCCAUUGACAGAACAAGAUCUCCCUUGCCUGGCAGAGGAACUGCAGCACUGAGGGAACUCAGCUUCCACACAAGAAGUUCUCAUGAUUAACUUCCCAAUCAGAAGAGUAGAGUGAGACGAUGCCAAAUCUUUAUUUUUAUGCAUUAAGUAUAUUUUAAAUAGCUUUGGAAUCUAACAGAAGAGAUGUAAGUAAUCGUGCCAAAGGCACAGGCUAGCUACAGCGAGACAUGUUCCUGUAUACAAGAAAUGACCGUAUAUAUUAUACAUAAAAUAUAUAUAUAUAUAUAUAUAUCUAUAAAGAAUCUAUACUGUACACACAGCUUACAGCAGUGCUAAUUUUUAAUGUGAUGUAAAGAGAUUUUGUGAAGGGACAGCUGCUUUACUUUGAUGUUUAUUUUUUGAAGAGAAAUCUGUGUUUCCGUCUGUCGCAUCCUGUGAUUGGAUGUGAAGCGUCUCACUGUAAAUAGGGUAUCAUUGCAGCAACAAUCAUUGCGGACCUGGUGGUGGUGCCCGACUGGUUGCCUCUCUUACCUGUGCUCAGUCUGUCAUAGUUAGUACACAUCAGUACUUCUCGUUUUCUUCUUCACUCUUUUACGUUGUGUACUAACAUUCUUGUUUUUUUUAUUUAACGCAGUAGGAUGAGUCUUCUUCUGUUUCGCCGCCUCUUAUCUUAUUUUUUUAAGAAGUUGGUUUCUCAAUUUUUAUUUUGCACAAGCACUAAAGUCGAUGAUUUGACCUCACAGGUGACCUUGAUCCUCACAGGUGAGUCAGUGUUGGUGCUGACUCGACCCGACCUCCGCCAGCCGUCUUCGGCUCCAGCGGUCGACAGUAAACUACAGGGAGAUCAAAAAAACGGUUUCAUCUCUCACUGUCUCCUUUCUCUCUGUCAUGUUUUUAUUUUUUUAAAUCAAGCCUGUGAAUAUGAUCUGAUCUAUUUUUCCAUUUUGUAAUUAUUUCAUUACUUUAUUCCACGUCUUUGGAGAAACGUUGAAGCUAAAAGAUUGAAUAAAUUGAUGGUGGUAGAGGA